AUGGCGAACGUGGGGCUGCAGUUCCAGGCCAGCGCCGGGGACGCGGACCCGCAGAGCCGGCCGCUGCUGCUACUGGGCCAGCUGCACCACCUGCACCGCGUGCCCUGGAGCCACGUCCGCGGGAAGCUGCAGCCCCGGGUCACCGAGGAGCUCUGGCAGGCUGCGCUAAGCACGCUCAACCCCAACCCCACGGACAGCUGUCCCCUCUACCUGAACUAUGCCACCGUGGCCGCCCUGCCCUCCAGGGUGAGCCGCCACAACAGCCCCUCGGCCGCCCACUUCAUCACCCGCCUGGUGCGGACCUGCCUGCCGCCGGGGACCCAUCGGUGCAUUCUGAUGGUCUGUGAGCAGUCUGAUGCCUUCGCCUCCGCCUGUGCCCUGGCCCGCGCUUUCCCCCUCUUCACCCACCGCUCAGGGGCAUCUCGGCGCCAGGAGAAGAAGACCGUCACGGUGGAGUUUUUCCUGGUUGGACAAGACAACGGGCCAGUGGAAGUGGCCACUUUGCAAUGUUUAACGAGUGCCACGGAAGGCGUGCGGCUAGCAGCCCGAAUUGUGGACACACCCUGCAAUGAGAUGAACACAGACACCUUCCUUGAGGAGAUUAAGAAAGUUGGAAAAGAACUGGGGAUCGUCCCAACCGUUAUCCGGGAUGAGGAGCUGAAGGCGAGAGGAUUUGGAGGAAUCUACGGUGUUGGCAAAGCUGCCAUCCAUCCCCCGGCCCUGGCCGUCCUCAGCCACACCCCAGAUGGAGCCACCCAGACCAUCGCUUGGGUGGGCAAGGGCAUCGUCUACGAUACCGGGGGUCUCAGCAUGAAGGGGAAGACCACCAUGCCGGGGAUGAAGAGGGACUGUGGGGGCGCUGCAGCUGUCCUGGGGGCCUUCAGAGCCGCCGUCAAGCAGGGUUUCAAAGACACCCUCCAUGCGGUGUUCUGCUUGGCCGAGAACUCCGUGGGGCCCAACGCCACAAGGCCAGACGACAUCCACCUGCUGUACUCUGGAAAGACUGUGGAAAUCAACAACACAGAUGCCGAGGGCAGGCUGGUGCUGGCAGAUGGUGUGUCCUACGCCUGCAAGGACCUGGGCGCCGACAUCAUCCUGGACAUGGCCACGCUAACCGGAGCUCAGGGCAUUGCCACAGGCAAGUACCAUGCGGCUGUGCUCACCAACAGCGCCGAGUGGGAGGCGGCCUGCGUGAAGGCCGGGCGGCAAUGCGGGGACCUGGUGCACCCGCUGGUCUACUGCCCAGAGCUGCACUUCAGCGAGUUCACCUCGGCUGUGGCCGACAUGAAGAACUCAGUGGCGGACAGGGACAACAGCCCCAGCUCCUGCGCUGGCCUCUUCAUCGCCUCACACAUCGGCUUCGACUGGCCUGGGGUCUGGGUCCACCUGGAUAUCGCUGCGCCUGUGCACGCUGGCGAGCGCGCCACAGGCUUCGGUGUGGCCCUCCUGCUGGCGCUCUUCGGCCAGGCCUCCGAGGACCCUCUACUGAACCUGGUGUCCCCACUUGGCUGCGAGGCGGACGCUCAGGAGGGGGACGCGGAGAGGGACUCCAAGAGGCGCAGGCUCGUGUGA